AUGGAUGUUGAAAACCAGACAAGGGUGAGCAAGUUUAUAUUUUCCGGACUGACAGACAACAGGAUUCUAUCUCCAAUUCUCUUCCUGUUUUUUUUGCUUGUUUAUUUGAUCACAGUCAUUGGGAACAUUGGCAUGAUGACUAUGGUAUAUACUAAAUCACAUCUCCACACCCCCAUGUACUGUUUCCUGGGAAAUCUUUCCUUGGUGGACCUUUUAUAUUCCUCAGUAGUAACUCCAAAAAUGUUGUCUGACUUGAUUUCUGAAAGUAAGUCAAUCUCAAUUGAGGGAUGUGCCAUUCAGUUUUUUUCCUUCGCAUCAAUGGCUGUAACCGAGGCUCUUCUUCUUGCAGAUAUGUCAUAUGAUAGAUAUGUUGCCAUAUGCAAGCCUCUCAACUAUGUCUCUAUCAUGACCCAGAAAAAAUGUGUUUGGCUUAUUCUUCUGACUUUCUUUAUCGGAUUCUUCCAGUCUUCAGUACAGACUGGGUGCAUAUUCCAUCUUGAAUUCUGUGACUCAUAUUAUAUAGAUCAUUUCUACUGUGACUUCCCACCAUUGUUUAAACUUUCUUGUUCUGAGACAUUUCCAUGUCAUCUGACCUCAAUUGUCAUUGUCUAUUGUUUUGGAGGUGGUUCACUAAUGAUAAUUCUUGUUUCCUAUUCCUUUAUUGUUUAUACUAUUCUUAAUAUUAAAUCCUCUAAGGGUAGAAGCAAAGCAUUUAGCACAUGUUCCUCUCACCUUACCUGCGUAUCUAUUUUGUAUGGGACAGUCUUCUUCAUAUACUUGCGUCCUUCUUCUAGUGACUUUGAAAAACAAGAUAAAGUAGUGGCUGUUUUCUAUACUGUGAUUAUACCCAUGCUCAAUCCUUUGAUCUACAGUUUUAGGAAUAAAGAUGUGCAAAAUCUGAGCCUUGAAAGAUGCAAGAAAAAAUCUCGUCUACAGAAUUAA